UCUUGACAACUGCCACACAUUCGCCAGUGCUAACAAAACACACACAUACUCAUUUAUGAUUUAUCCCUCUGUCUCUUUCAAUUUUUAUUCCGUUGUCUAAAAAUUAAAUCUUUUUUUGGGGGUAAUUCGAAAAGGGGCUUUUUAUUGCUUCUUACUCCUGUGAGUAUAAAUUUGAUUUGAGGGGUCUGGAAAUUACGUUAGGUUGCAGCGGUCAAGUUUCCAACUUUGAGGGUGAUCUCACUUGGUUCUUGUUUGAUUUAAUUUGGGUCGACAUUUGUUGAUCUUGAGAUAAAGAGGGUAAAUUUUUUGGUGAUUUUAGAUAGAGGUAGAGGUAGAGAUAGAGAGAUGAGCGGCGUUUCAAGAAUUUGGGAGAAGGUGAAUAUGAUGGCGGAAGGAGGAUCUCGGAAUUGUUCCAAGAAAUCAGAUGAUGCUUGUGGUGAUGCUUGUGGUGAGGAUUCGGGAAGGCCUUUGAACAUGGCUAGAUUGAGAUGUAUUCUUCGUGGCCUCGAUUUCAAAGCAUUGCUAUUUCUCUUUUUGUUGAUCCCGACAUGCGUCUUAGUCAUAUAUGUCCACGGCCAGAAAAUCACUUACUUUCUGAGACCAUUGUGGGAGUCCCCGCCUAAGCCUUUCGACGAGAGACCUCACUACUAUCACGAGAAUGUGUCUAUGGAGAAUCUGUGUAAGCUUCACGGUUGGGGAAUGCGUGAGUAUCCUAGACGUGUCUAUGAUGCAGUGUUGUUCAGCAUUGAGGUGGACAUCCUCAAGAUGCGUUGGAAAGAGUUGUAUCCGUAUGUGACAGAAUUUGUCCUCCUUGAGUCGAACUCCACCUUCACCGGGCUGCCAAAGCCUUACCUCUUCUCGACUGUCCGUGACCAGUUCAAAUUUGUUGAGCCUCGUUUAACGUACGGACAAGUCCCGGGAAGAUUCAAGAGAGGCGAGAACCCUUUCGUUGAAGAGGCGUAUCAGAGAUAUGCAUUGGAUUAUCUUCUCAAACAAGCUGGGAUACAAGAUGGUGACUUGUUGAUAAUGUCGGAUGUUGAUGAGAUCCCAAGUAGGCACACGAUUAAUCUCUUGAGGUGGUGUGAUGACAUACCCCCGAUUCUCCAUCUUCGCCUCAAGAACUAUCUGUACUCAUUCGAGUUCUUUCUUGAUAACAACAGCUGGAGGGCGUCCAUCCUCGUAUACCAGUCUGGAAAGACUAGAUAUGCCCACUAUCGACAGUCUGAUGAGAUCUUGGCUGAUGCCGGGUGGCAUUGUAGCUUCUGCUUUAGACGGAUCAGUGAGUUCAUAUUCAAGAUGAAAGCCUACAGCCACGUGGAUCGUGUCAGAUUCUCUCAUUUCCUGAGCCCUAAGAGAAUCCAGAAAGUGAUCUGCAAAGGGGCUGAUUUGUUUGACAUGCUACCCGAGGAGUACACGUUCAAGGAGAUAAUCGGGAAAAUGGGGCCCAUCCCACAUUCCUACUCGGCUGUUCAUCUCCCUGCAUAUCUCUUGGAGGCAGCUGAUCAAUACAAAUUCCUUCUACCCGGGAAUUGCAUAAGAGAAAGAGAGAGUGGCUGAAACUACGCGAAUGAGGCCGUGUAUCUUCUUGUACAGCUCGACUCCCGGGUAAACGAUGUCCUUUAACCCAAUCACGGCUGCAGUGUGACGUUUUUAUAACCAUGCUACAUGCUUAUAUCAAUCUUGCCUUCGAGCUUUUGGGAAAAUGAAAAAAAUGGACAUCUCGGACUUUUUAGGUUGAGCUUUGUAUAUAAUCUUUCUUUGGCUUGAUUUCUUGCAAACGGAUAGCAUCAGUGGAAUGAGUGAGGGGAAAAAAAGAGAAAACGAGCUCUGUUACGAACUACUUAUUGUAACUCGGGUGUUACAUAAUUACAUGAACGCGCUAUGACUGUGCGUUACACCCCCUUGAAGGUGGGGGGUUCGUUCAUCAUUGUUUUUGGUGUGAGCUAAUAGAUUCAUCUGCAGAUUGUGAACAUGUUCAUUUUUUGAUCUAGAAUUUCUAAUGGAGAUAUGAUGAUUCAGCUCUCAA